AUGUCACUGAGCUCAUUUCUUUUAAAAUAUACAAGCUUAAUCAUUACUAUUCCCUUUUGUACUUGGAGGCUAUAUUUUCCUUCGAGACAAACAUCAUUCGGAUUUGUCCAAUAUUUGCCCUGUAAUUUAGCAGAUCACAAUGAUACAAAUUUUUCAACCUUACUCGAAUUGCUUGAGAAUAAAUCUCCCAAUGUGAUAUAUGACGCCAUGAACGCGCUUUACAAAGCGUUUGUACCUCUUCUUUCUAAGGGCGAACUGCAAAAACCGAAAAAAAUAGUUGAUCAGAAUGUGUGUCUUAGAGAUAGUUAUAUUCACUACGUUAACAAGUUGUGCUUUCUUCUUAAUCAUAAAGAUCCUAGUUUACAAGUUCCUUCGCUUAAUAUUCUACUAGACCUUCUUAAAAUAGAGUCUAUUUACCUUACUACUUCUUCGGGAGCUUACUAUUUUUCGAAUAAUCAUUUUUAUCGUGUUGUGGAGGGGCUUAUUGGUAAUGAAAAUUUUAAUGAACAUUUACAAACCGAAUUCAUUGAAAAAUAUUGGAAUAAAUAUGAUGAUUUAAGGUUUUAUUUCCUAAAGAAUGCUGCUAAGAUAAUCAAUUUGGUCACAAAUAGUGGAAAACCCAAAGAUAGAUCUGGGCCCAUAUCAAAGAAAAAGCGUACAAAUGAAAGAUUUGAUGAUGAUAAACUUAAUAACUUAAUGGAGAAUACUUUCUCCAUACUUGAGAACCUACGAACUAUGCCAACUGACGCGUCGGAAAUCAAGGACUUUUGGAUUGACCAUCCUGCUCCUGAAAUUGUAAAUAAACAGGCUUCCGAAAAAAACGAGGAAGAAUUUAGAGAUACUGAUGAAGACGAUGAUCACAAUAUGAAUGAUAAAAAGAGUCAAACAAAAGGUCAGGAUAAAAUACCUCACAUAUUGCAAUUGUCCAGUCACCGGCGAGUUUUUUCGGAUUGCUGGUUGGCCUUACUUCAAUUACCGAUGAGACAAGAAUCAUAUAAAAAGAUUCUCUUGAUCAUGCACAAGAAAAUAAUUCCACAUAUGCUACAGCCUACAAUGUUAAUGGACUAUCUGACAGAAUCAUAUAAUGCAGGUGGAGUUAUUAGCCUUUUAGCUCUAAAUGGUCUCUUCACCCUUAUUCAUGAACAUAAUUUAGAUUAUCCCGAUUUCUACAGAAAAUUGUAUAGUUUAUUCGAUAGAAAUUUGAUGCAUGUUAAAUACCGAUCCAGAUUUUUUCGUUUGGUGGAUCUUUUCCUUGCAUCCACUCAUCUUCCUGUCCAGCUUGUCGCAUCAUUUAUAAAAAAAAUGUCCCGUCUCUCGCUUACAAGCCCCCCUCACGGCAUUGUAAUAUUGAUACCAUUAAUUUAUAACCUCAUUAGACGUCAUCCGACUUGCAUGGUUUUAAUACACAGACCGUAUGAAAUAAAUUCUAGAACUGAGGAUGAAGGACAUAAUAAUAUUUCGGAUGAUCCAUAUGUAUUUGAUGAACCAGAUCCAAUGAAAAGUAACGCUAUUGCCAGCUCAUUAUGGGAGUUAAAAACUUUGCAAAAUCAUUAUCUUCCAAAUGUUGCUAAAUUAGCAAAAAUCUUUCAAGAUAAAUUUACUAAACCAUCUUACAAUUUGGAAGAUUUUUUGGAUCAGACGUAUACGACGUUAUUCGAAGCUGAAACUAGUAAAAAACCGAAAAAAGCGCCUGCUCUUGCUUUUGAAAAACCGAAAUUUGUAUUCCCUAUAUGUGAAAAUAUAAAUAAUGUAGAACAAAUAGAUGCAGAAGAGCAAGAGUUGAGGAAUGCUAGCAUAAUGAAGGGAUGGGAAAUUUUUCGAUUUUGA